CGAAACUGCGCAUGUGCGUGGUGGGGGAGGUGCUGCAUGGUGGGGGAGGAAGCAUGAGGGAGGCGACGAGGAGGCGAGAGACAUGCGAAGACAGGCAGCUUCUCUGAUCUUCUUGCUCCUCCUGUGGGGGCUGCGAGAAGCGGUUGCGAACAGAGAGUCGGUAAAGACCGUGAUGGCGGCAAUAGCGGCGGAUGAGAGGUUUGAGAGGAGGAAGGACGCCUUGCUGGAGGCCAUCUCCUGCGGGGCAGACCGGAGCAAGAAGGGAUCUUUCGAUGCUCCGAUACAAGAGAUGCUCGAGGAGCUGAACCAGCACCCUGACUACGUCUCCACUUCUUCCUGUUCUGGCAGGGUCGCCAUCUUCUGGGAGCCUGUCACGGAAACAGGGAAGGGAGUGGAGGAGGGGGAGGGGCUCGAAGAGCCUGAGGACCAGAAAGAGCAGAAGAAACGAUGCAAGGGAGGGCAGUGGCUCCUCUGCAAGCACGCUCACGUUACAAUCGAAGAUGUCCAACAGGCUCUGGCGCUUCGUCCCGCGGAGAAAGGAACCGCCUACUUCAAGCACGAGCCCUUCAUCUUACACGUGCAGUGUAAGUCGCUGGAAGCUGCUACUCGACUCAUGGAGGCGGCGAGGGACGCAGGGUUCAGAGAGUCCGGCAUCUCCGUUGGGAGGAAGCAUGUGAUAGUGGGCGUGAGAACCUCGGCUCUAAGGAUGGAAGCUCCCAUCCUCGUGGACGGAGAGCUGGUAGUCUCAGGCGAGUACCUCGCUAUAUUGGCAGGCAUUGCCAAUGAGAAGUUCACAAAGAACAA